AUGCUGCAUCGCGCGACCGCAGAAGAGGUCAAUCGCCUCAUUGACCACGAAGCCGCCAUGUUCGCUGCCACUUAUCUUCUCCGAAACCAUGGCUUCCAUCCGAAUGUCUUCAUGAUUUUUGGCUUCUGGACCAUGCGACCUCGGGCCACCGUCUUCACACUUCUGUUCUUCAUCAUUUCUCGUGUAUGUUUUGGCCAAAAAGGCAACGAGAAUACUUAUUUGUGGUCGCUCAAAGAUCACACGGUGGAAGAUACCCUGCUCAAUAUAUUCAGUCUACCCUUCGCGCUGUGGGAUAUCCUGCAUCGACCCGAUAGCUUGGAUGCGGGUGUCUAUUCGGACGAUCCUGCAUACCCACGCCUCUGGAAUUCCUUCUAUGCAAUCGCUGGUGCCGGUGCUGUCAGUGCUUUCCUCGGGGUUAUAAUGUUGGGCCACGCCUGUUCAAGCAAUAGGAGACAGGGAACCGGAGAAAUUCUGUAUAGUGUGUGCCGAACAGCAUUCGUUAUCAACGCUGGGACUGACUUCUGCCCUGGAAGCGUCGUCGGUGAAGGUAUUGUCUUGGGUGUCGCCCUUUUCAUCAUUGCGCUAGUUCGACCUAUCAUUGGAGGGCCCGACUCUUCAUGA